AUGUCCGCAGAUUUCUGGGCAGGCUACGUCUCAGGCGCAGCGGGUAUCAUAAUCGGCAACCCAUUAGACCUAAUAAAGACGCGAUUACAAGCCGGACCAGCAGCAAAACCACCAGGUAUCGAGGCUACUUCGGCCACCACCACAGCAGCAGCAGCAGCAGCACCGCAGAGCUUCACGGGGCAAUUUGAUCGCGCAGGAACAUUGGUCAGGGGCGCAACAGCACCCAUUCUUACCUACGGCGCGCUCAACGCCCUCCUCUUCGUAACAUACAACCGCACACUAGCCCUCCUACACGAUUCUCCCGCUUCGCCCACCUCGUACGCUAAGAUAUGGCUUGCGGGCGCGACUGGAGGAUUGGCUAGCUUUGUCGUCUCCGCGCCUACUGAGCUUAUAAAAUGUCGCGCGCAAGUCUCGACUGACAGACAUACAACUUCAUGGACGAUAGCGAGAGACGUUUGGAGGAAGGAGGGAAUUAGGGGCUUGUAUUAUGGAGGCGGGAUAACGAGUGUACGGGAUGCAGUAGGGUAUGGGUUUUACUUCUGGUCGUACGAGUGGACUAAGCGGUCCUGGAGCUCGCCUGAUGAUACAGACAGGGAGACAGCUAUGAAAGUGCUGCUGUGUGGAGGACUGGCCGGUGUUAUAACCUGGGCAUCCAUAUUUCCGCUGGACGUGAUCAAGACGAGGGUGCAGACACAAGCACUGCAUACCGCGUAUCGAGGCGAAGGCGAAGCAAUGGCGUUGCUACAGCCUGGGACGCAGACAAAGCGACUCAGUUCCCUUGAAGUUGCAAGACAGGCAUACAGGACUGAAGGCACGGCUGUCUUCUUUCGAGGGCUCGGAAUAUGUAGCGUUCGAGCAUUUGUCGUCAAUGCUGUUCAAUGGGCUGUGUAUGAGUGGAUGAUGCGGUUGCUCCAGAAGCAAUAA